AAGAGAUCACACGCUGGGACACACGCGAAGUGUUUAUUCGGAGGCUCUGAAGGCGAGCCCGUAAGAAACAUCAUACACAGUACAUUUAUGGUGGUCUUUUCAAUACCUAAAUAUGUAAAUGGUAGAGACAUUAUACAGAUCAUCCAUUUUCUAUCUAAUUACUAUCAUACCUACUUGCUUCAGAUCAACCCCUUUCUAUCUACUUACUACGGAUCAACAUCUCUUCCUACUUACUCCAGAUAAAGUUACCCUUGAGGCAUGGGCACCGGUGGUCCUCAGCCGGCUUACCAGGUCACACCAGGGGAUCUCCAGCUCGAGGCGGUGCCACUGGACAUCGAAGAUCCCGAGGUGAAGCUUAAGAAAUAGGUUUUUAGUGGUUACAACCGGUUGUAAUAAUGACCAAGAGGCUGUGAUAUCAUAACUAACUGUUAAAAGAGGGUUGGGGUUGUUGGAUAAAAGUGCAAAUAUUUCAGUUGUUGAAAUGAGAUACAUAUUUAUACCGUGUAAAAGAGAUCACGUGACGAAGUUUUCCCAUUGUGUGUGCUGCUCAAAUAUCUCUCUGCUCGUAUUUUUUUGGUUGAAAAUAUUUUUGAUAACUUUAAAAUAAAAUCGUCGUUAACUUGAAAACAGCUCUCAUUAGUUAUUUUGGAAACAGCUCUUACUAGUAGCUUGGGAGCAGCUCUUUUUAAUUAUUUGAAAGCAGCUCUUAUUAAUGACUUGGAAACAGCUCUUAUAAGUUGUGGGUGACUGUUGCCCCGUUUAGCCGGGUAAAAAAAAAAAACGAAAACUUAAGAGUAUAGCUCAAAGAAAUCCUAUAUAAUCUAUGACCAAUCAUUCUGGCAUUUGAUGUCCACAGGCACUCGUCUACAUCCUUUCUGCGCCUUUCGAUGACUUCGAGGUGGAAGAGAAUUCUGGAGAUGACGAGAGAGUUGCCGAGCCGGAAGAGCCUUUGAGCCAAGAGGGGCCGAUGGAUGAGUGCUCGGAGUUCAACAGUAACAACAACGCCGAGAAUCAGUCGAUAGUAGGUGCUGAUCAGUGUGAUGUGGUCAAUAGUGUUCUUGUCAGGGAUCGGUAUGCCGUUGAAGAGGCUGCUCGUGAAACUGUGUAAGAAAUUCAUUUUCGGAUCUUGCCCGAAUGACAUCAGAGAAUCCUUGUGCUUAAUCAAGAAAUUGCUUAUUUGAUAUUAGGUGCACAAUCGAUCCUUGCUUAAAGGUGGUUUAAAUAUAGAUCGUUAUAAGCAUUUCAUGGAAAUAAAGAUGAAACAACAAUAUUAGGUAUUUAAACAAACACUUUAUGUAGCAGAAAUAAUACUUGGGACAAGAAGACACGUUCUAUUUACAGGACAUUAGAUAAAAUACAGGUAUUAUUGACAGGACAUUAGAUAAAACACAUGUACUAUUAACAGGACAUUGGACAAAAACACAUCUUACUAUAUGGGAUUUGUCAAAAAGACACUCAUGUCCCACAGGACUGUGGACAAAAUGACAUUGGAUUUUCAUAGUUAUAAAUGAACGUGACAAAACCUAUUGCUACCAUUUCUUCCAGUCCUCUAAAUUGUAUUUGAUUUUUUUCAUCUUUAGCUUGAGAAUCACCCAAAGUCACGUAGUGGUGGGCCGGUGGACUUUACAAGGCAUCAUCACCAAAUUACAAGGUGUAGCAUCAUCUCCGGUAUCGUGUUCAAAAGAUAACACUCGUCCAGUGUUUGAUGUCGCUGCAUAAACCUUAAAAUUGAAAAAAAAAAACUGACAUUGGCUGACACUCGUUUGUUGCAUAUUGACAUUGGCUGACACUCGUUUGUUGCAUACUGACAUUGCCUGACACUCGUUUGUUGCUUACUGACAUUGGCUGACACUCGUUUGUUGCAUACUGACAUUGGCUGACACUCGUUUGUUGCAUACUGACAUUGGCUGACACUCGUUUGUUGCAUACUGACAUUGGCUGACACUCGUUUGUUGCAGACUGACAUUGGCUGACACUCGUUUGUUGCAUAUUGACAUUGGCUGACACUCGUUUGUUGCAUAUUGACAUUGGCUGACACUCGUUUGUUGCAUACUGACAUUGGCUGACACUCGUUUGUUGCAUACUACUGACAUUGGCUGACACUCGUUUGUUGCAUAUUGACAUUGGCUGACACUCGUUUGUUGCAUAUUGACAUUGGCUGACACUCGUUUGUUGCAUACUGACAUUGGCUGACACUCGUUUGUUGCAUACUGACAUUGGCUGACACUCUUUUGUUGCAUAUUGACAUUGGCUGACACUCGUUUGUUGCAAACUGACAUUGGCUGACACUUGUUUGUUGCAUACUGACAUUGGCUGACACUCGUUUGUUGCAUACUGACAUUGGCUGACACUCGUUUGUUGCAUACUGACAUUGGCUGACACUCGUUUGUUGCAUACUGACAUUGGUUGACACUCGUUUGUUGCAUAUUGACAUUGGCUGACACUCGUUUGUUGCAUACUGACAUUGGCUGACACUCGUUUGUUGCAUAUUGACAUUGGCUGACACUCGUUUGUUGCAUACUGACAUUGGCUGACACUCGUUUGUUGCAUACUGACAUUGGCUGACACUCGUUUGUUGCAUACUGACAUUGGCUGACACUCGUUUGUUGCAUACUGACAUUGGCUGACACUCGUUUGUUGCAAACUGACAUUGGCUGACACUCGUUUGUUGCAAACUGACAUUGGCUGACACUCGUUUGUUGCAUACUGACAUUGGCUGACACUCGUUUGUUGCAUACUGACAUUGGCUGACACUCGUUUGUUGCAUACUGGGUAGAACUCCUACAUUCUCACUCAGGGUCAUAUAAAGCAACAUCUUUUUAACCAUGGAAAUAUGUUUGUGAAACGUGUUUAGACUGAUUCAAACCGGAUAAUUUUUACCUUUAUUUUAAGUUGCCUUUAUUUACUUUUAUGUUCUAUCUUGCACUAUGUGUUAGCGAGCAGACGAUGCAACAUCACCUUUAAACUAUUUUUUUUUCUUCAAUAGAAACGUUCAGCCGCCAUUUCCAAGCAGAGUCAUGAACUCAAGCAGCAAUAACAUCAACAUGGCGUACAGCACAGAUGAGGAGGAAGAUUCGAGACAAAGCAAUGAACACCACCACGUGACCAACGAAUCCUCCAAUCACAGCAUCACUCAAGAUGGCCGCCGAUUGGAUAUAGGACCAUCCAUAGAAGAUCUGAAACUUCUAAAAAUAUCGAGCGUCAUAAAUUGUAACAGAAAUCAAAGCAUGGGGGGAAAUCUGAGUGGGGAGAAGGAGCGGUCGAAGAGAGGCGGUCGCCACGGUCGGAGGACGAUGGAGAGCUCUCAAAGAAAGAGAAGGAGAAGCGCCG